CUGAAGUUUUUCCCACAACCAAAACUGCUCCUACAACAACCAGAGCAUCUGCUACAACAACCAAAGCCCUUCACACAACAACCGAACCCCUGCCCACAAUAACAACAGCGGAUCCAACAACAAUUACAGAUUCACCCACAACAACCACACCUGCUCCCACGAUUACAGAAGCUCCCACAACCAUAAUAGCUUCCGUUACUACAAGCACAGCUUCCCCGAAAACAACCACAGCAACAUUAAUGACAUCUACAGCAGCAGCUACGACAAGUACAGCUGUAGCUACAACCACUACAGAUGCACUCACAACAACCACAACCACAGCUGCUGCUACAACAAUAACCACAGCUACAGCAACAACACCCCAAACCUCACCUUCAUCUACCACAGCUGAUGAUACAACAACAACCAUAGCUACAGCAACAACACCCAAAACUUCGCCCACAACAACCAAAGAUGCUCCCACUACAAACACAACUUCUCCCACAACAACCACAUCUGCAACAAUCACAACAACAGCAUCUCCAAUGACAUCUACAGUGGAGGCUUCAACAAGUACAGCUGAGGAAACAACAACCACAGUUUCUACAACAACCACAGCUUCUUCCACAGCAACCACAUAUGCUCCCACAGCUCCUGCUACAACAUCCGUAGACCUUCCCACAACAACUGAACCACUGCCCACAACAACGACAUCUGCUCCCACCACUACAGCAGCUCCCACAACCAUAAUAGCUUCCAUUACUACAAGCACAGCUUCCCCCAAAACAACCACAGCAACAUUAAUGACAUCUACAGCAGCAGCUACAACAACUGAUCCCACCACAAACACAGCUGCUGCCACAACAACCACAUCUGCACCAACCACAACCACAGCAUCUCCAAUAACAUCUACAGCAGAGGCUUCAACAAGUACAGCUGAGGCCACAAAAACUACAAUUGCACCAACAACAACCACUUCAUCUUCCACAACAACAACAGCUGCUCCCACAACAACAACUGCUGUUGCUACAACAAAAAAAGCUACAGCAACAACAACCUAUGUCCUGCCCAUCUCAACCACAUCUGCUCCAACUACAAUAACAGAUUCACCCACAAUAAACACAAUUGUUCCCACAACAGCAGCAGAUCCACCAACUAAAGUUUUUCUCACAACCACAGCUGCUAUGACAACAAAAGCUGUAUCCACAACAACAACAGCAACUCCAACAACAGUCCCAGCUCCUGCUAUAACAACAUUUGUGAAACAACAACCACAGCCCUGCCCACAACUACCACAGCUAAUCCAACAACAAUCACAGAUACACCCAAAACAACCACAUCUGCUCCCACAACUACAGUGCUCCAACGACCACCACAGCUGCAUCCACAGCUACCACAGCUGCAUCCACAGCUACCACAGCUGCUCCAUCAACCACAACAUUUGCACUAACAACAUCCCCAGCUGCUGCUAUGACAACAACAGCCACCCCUACAACAACUACAACUGCUCCCACAACAACCACAGCAGUGCCAACAUCAACCACAGCAGCUCCCACUACACUCACAGCUUCACCAUCGACAACCACAGUUGCUGCAAAGACCACCAACACCCACCACACAACAACCAUCAUUUCAGCCACAACAACCACAGCUGCUGUAACUACCACAGCUACAGCUGCACCAAAGUCAACUACAGCUGCUAA